AUGGAGGGGCCGCUCCCGCCGCCGGCCGAGCCGCCGCUGCAGGGAGGCGGAGCCGCCGCUGUUCCGGAGCCCGGAGCCCGGCAGCACCCGGGACACGAGACGGCGGCGCAGCGGUACAGCGCCCGCCUGCUGCAGGCGGGCUACGAGCCCGAGAGCAUGGCGGACUACCUGAUCAGCGGCGGCACCGGCUACGUGCCCGAGGAUGGGCUCACCGCGCAGCAGCUCUUCGCCAGCGCCGACGGCCUCACCUACAACGACUUCCUGAUCCUCCCCGGCUUCAUCGACUUCAUAGCUGACGAGGUUGACCUGACUUCAGCCCUGACUCGGAAGAUCACGCUGAAGACGCCACUCAUCUCCUCCCCCAUGGACACCGUGACCGAGGCAGACAUGGCUAUUGCGAUGGCUCUGAUGGGAGGCAUCGGUUUCAUCCACCACAAUUGCACCCCAGAGUUCCAGGCCAACGAGGUGCGCAAGGUCAAGAAGUUCGAACAGGGCUUCAUCACAGACCCGGUGGUGCUGAGCCCCUCUCACACCGUGGGCGACGUGCUGGAGGCCAAGAUCCGGCACGGCUUCUCCGGCAUCCCCGUGACCGAGACGGGCGCCAUGGGCAGCAAGUUGGUGGGCAUCGUCACCUCUCGCGACAUCGACUUCCUGGCGGAGAAGGACCACACCACGCUCCUCAGUGAGGUGAUGACUCCGCGGAUCGAGCUGGUGGUGGCUCCGGCGGGCGUGACCUUGAAAGAGGCAAAUGAGAUCCUGCAGCGCAGCAAGAAAGGGAAGCUGCCUAUCGUGAACGAUCGGGAUGAGCUCGUGGCCAUCAUUGCCCGCACCGACCUGAAGAAGAACCGCGACUACCCUCUGGCCUCCAAGGACUCCCAUAAGCAGCUGCUGUGCGGGGCCGCUGUGGGCACCCGUGAGGAUGACAAAUACCGCCUGGACCUGCUCACCCAGGCGGGUGCUGACGUCAUAGUGCUGGACUCCUCCCAGGGGAACUCCGUGUAUCAGAUCGCCAUGGUGCACUACAUCAAGCAGAAGUACCCCCACCUGCAGGUGAUUGGGGGGAACGUAGUGACAGCAGCCCAGGCCAAGAACCUGAUUGAUGCCGGUGUGGACGGACUGCGCGUGGGCAUGGGUUGCGGCUCCAUCUGCAUCACCCAGGAAGUGAUGGCCUGCGGGCGGCCGCAGGGCACUGCUGUGUACAAGGUGGCUGAGUACGCGCGGCGCUUCGGUGUGCCCGUCAUAGCUGAUGGCGGCAUCCAGACCGUGGGCCACGUGGUCAAGGCCCUGGCCCUUGGAGCGUCCACAGUGAUGAUGGGCUCCCUGCUGGCGGCCACCACCGAGGCUCCCGGCGAGUACUUCUUCUCGGACGGCGUGAGGCUCAAGAAGUACCGGGGCAUGGGCUCGCUGGACGCCAUGGAGAAGAGCAGCAGCAGCCAGAAGCGCUACUUCAGCGAGGGGGACAAGGUGAAGAUCGCGCAGGGUGUGUCGGGCUCCGUCCAGGACAAGGGUUCCAUCCAGAAGUUCGUGCCCUACCUCAUCGCCGGGAUCCAGCACGGCUGCCAGGAUAUCGGGGCCCGCAGCCUGUCUGUCCUGCGGUCCAUGAUGUACUCAGGAGAGCUCAAGUUUGAGAAGCGGACCAUGUCAGCCCAGAUUGAGGGCGGCGUGCACGGCCUGCACUCUUACGAGAAGCGGCUGUACUGAGGACAGCGGUGGAGGCCGGGGCGGGGGCGGGGGCGUGCCCCCAGGCCCCCCUUCCAGCACGGCCUCCCUCCACGGCUGAGCGGUCCACAGAUUUGCACUACGGGUUCCCCAGCUCCUUUCCCGAGGGAGAGGAAGGCGGCCCUGAGGGGCUCUCCCCCUAGGCCCCCCCAGGGUGCAGGGGGCCCUGCCGGGCGGGCUGUCAGGGCCCUGUGCCUGUCUCAGGUCUUUCUCGCUGCAGCCUGCUCUGGCCCGGCUCCUGCGCCUGGGGCCUCCUGGCUUCUCCCGUAGGGCACCUCCCUCCCUGCCCCGCCCCAGGAAAUGGUGCUCUCCUGGCCCUGCCCGCUACGCUGUGGGGGCACUUCCGGGCUCCUGACCAGGCUAGGGGGAGGUCUCUGCCCCCUUCCCCUGCCCUGCCCUGGCCUGGCCCUGGGGAGGAGGCUGCCCGGCUUCCUGACUCGCCACCAUCCCCAGGGCACCAGUCCCGCCCUCUCCUCUCAGCUGCAGUUGAAGGCUUUAACUUUGCACACUUUGGGGUCACAGUUGCAUCAUUGUAUAUUAAAUAAUCGGAAUAAAUCAAGCAGGUCUCAA